UUUUCACGUGGGUUGAUAAGUUCUGUUGUGUGUCUUACUUCUUCAAAGGAAUGACGACGACGUUUUCCAACCCAUCGCAACUUCUACCGCUAGAAUUGGUGGAUAAAUGUAUUGGCUCAAGGAUACACAUAAUCAUGAAAAAUGACAAAGAAAUUGUUGGAAUCCUGCUAGGUUUCGAUGACUACGUCAAUAUGGUGCUGGAAGAUGUCACAGAAUUUGAGAGCACACCGGAGGGUCGAAGAGUGACCAAACUGGACCAGAUAUUACUCAACGGUAACAAUAUCACUAUGCUGGUUCCUGGUGGAGAAGGACCAGAAAUGUAGUGACUACUACCUCUUCAUCAUUGUCCAUACAUUCAUCUGUACAUACAUCUCAUCGUAGCAUCUUUCAUCAAUUCUGCAGCCGUCAAGACUUGUAUAAGUGGUGACUUCAUAAGAAGUGUCAUUCACCAACUCGUAAUCUGUCGGAUUUUUUUAUGAUUACUUCAUCUGUAUUCUGUACACUCUGUGGAAACUGUACUCGAAACAAAAGACAACACUUUAUGGGAAAUUAUACACGAUAUACUGUGGAUUCAUUUUAUUUCGUGGGGGUCCAAUUUUCGUUGUUUUCGUGGAUGAGCAAAUCCACGAAUUUAAAAACACAACGAAAUAUGAACUACUUACUAAAGUAAUUUUGAAAUUUGACCAAGUAAUCUUUGCCGACACCGGAAACGUCCACCGGUAAUGACAGAAGCCCCGUAAUUAGUCGGGAGUCGGGUAGUCUGAGGCUCGACAUGGAUACGCUAAAUUGGUGUCAACGAUAUAUAAUUAUAUAUUAUUAAACAUAACAAAGGGUAAGUACCCAUUGUGAUGCUAAGUAUGAUGGGAUCGCAGUCGUUAGCGACACUGUGGACACUAGGCUUGAUCGGACCAUCCUGUCGAUUGAAGAUUGGAUCCGUAUUUCUAUCCGACUACAGGUUCACAAUAAUUAUUAAUAAUGCAGAUCUUGUUUACACACCUGUUUACACACAUGGUCCCAUCGAUACGCGUGGUGUUUUCAUAUGACUGCGGUACACCGACUGAUCAGCACACAAUGUUUAUCCACUGAAAACAAUUGUUUCUGAUAAUUACCGAUUGAUUACACGCCAGGAUAUAUACUGAUUUGUGGUUUGAUAUUAAUGCGAGACUGUUGUAAACAGCGUUAUAAAAACACAGGACGCCAUCUUGAAAAAAAACGUUCUUUUAUUCUUGUCAUUAGUGUUAAUUCCUGUGAACAUAGCCUUAAUACAAACAGAAAAAAAUUCGACUGGAAGCAAAAAGAGAAAAUUCUAACGUUUUUAUUUUUUUCCCACAGAAUCAAAAAUCCACGAAUUUAUGAGUCCACGAAACUGUCUAAUUUGUAGAAACAACGAAAAUUGAACCCAACGAAAAUAAAUGAAUCCACAGUAAAUGACAAUUCACCACUGGAACCAUUUAAUUCCUGACAACAAACACACCGUGCUUGUGUCCAUGAAUAAAUUCUGACAUCCAACUUUCAAGAAAUGUUCUCUAUUUCGACAUGAAUCUCAUUUUAGUUUCUUAAUACAAAUGUAGAUCGUAAUUAACAAAUUUUGUAAAAUUUGUGACAAAUUGUUUUUCUUGAGAUAUUAAACACUAGAAAAUUUGAAACCGAAAUCUUAAUACUUCAUAUCUAUACUCUUGUGAAACCUUGUAGAAAUUAGCAGGAAUUACAUGAUUACCAUUUUUUUUUUUAAUCAAUGAUGGGUUUUCUGAUGAAAAGAGAAGCAAAGUGAAUUUUUUUUAUGUGAAUUCUAAUAUGGAAGGAGGCCACCUUUACUCUCAACAAGAUCUGUAGUAUUAAUUCUCUGUGUUGGGAGUUAAAAUCAUAACUAACAGUUAAAAUAUAUCUUGGUGUACUCUAUAAGGCUACUUCUCCCAUGCUGUGCCUCAACCCAAGUUUUUAUAAAAGUAUAAAUUUCAAAAUUGUAUUCAGACUUCCAGAGUGAGUAGCUGUCAGUUGGAGCCCAGUGUUGUCAAUUGAGGCCCAGUGCUGCCAGUUUGAGCCCCAGUGCUGUCAGUUUGAACCAGUGCUGUCAGUUCAAACUCAGUGCUGUCAGAGCCCCUUUGCUGUCAGUUCAAACUCAGUGCUGUCAGAGCAACAGUGCUGUCAGUUCAAACCCAGUGCUAUCAGUUCAAACUCAGUGCUGUCAGAAAAACAGUGCUGUCAGUUCAAACCCAGUGCUGUCAGUUCAAACUCAGUGCUGUCAGAGCCCCAGUGCUAUCAGUUCAAACUCAGUGCUGUCAGUUCAAACCCAGUGCUGUCAGUAAAAUUCUCAUUGCUGUCCGUUCAAUCCCAUUACUGCCAGUUCAACCCCCAUUACUGCCAGUUAGAGCCCCAGUGCUGCCAGUUAGAGCCCCAGUGCUGCUAGAUCAAGCACCAGGUUCCUAUUGCAUCCUCUGACUACACUGUAUAUAUCUGGUAACAAGGCUAUAGGUCCAAUAAACUCUGACUUUAAGUUAAGGGGGGCUUAUUAUUACAGGACAAUAUGUUCUAUGGGCCAAAACUUUGAGUCCAAGCCAUAGAAAUCUGCUCUUAAUGCUUGAGAUUUUGGCAUAGUCUCAUAAGUUACAUUCCAUUGACAUUCUACCCAUUUUCUUGCCUUUCAGAAUGUAAUAUCACUAUCCAGUAAGGGUCUGAUAUAUCAGACUUUUCCAAUGUUACUGUGUAAUCUAAAAUCUAAAAUGGUAGACUAUGUUUUUAGGCAACUUUUCUUAAAGAUAUCGUUCCUGAAGUUGGAAUCUUCAGGUCACAGCAAGAGGUCAAAGUUUUAAUCUUCCUUUGAUAUUAUCUAGAAUACACAUCAAAAGUACUGGUCAGCAAAAAGGUCAUCUAUUUUAUAGAGUUCAUAAUUUUGAAACUUUAUAUAAUUUUCAGCUAGUUUUCAUUUCAAGACAAUAUUUUCUUAAAUCUUGAUCUCUUUGAAAUGGUCAUGGUUCAGUAGUUUGUCCAAAUGUGAGAACUGUAUUUUUCGGUAUGCCAGUGGAGUGUGAGAAUAGCAUGUCACGGUGCGCGAGAUAAUAAAGUAUAAUAAAUGAUAAUAACAUUUGUAUGUUAAAACGUCUAAAAUAAAGAAUAUUUCCAUGUU